GCGGCGGGGCUGCGUGCGCGAGCUUGGCGCCAAAGGUGCCCUGGGGAGAGGCGGCUCGGGCGGGAAGGGAGCGGUUUCCCCUCCGCAGUGCCCCUCACCCGGAGUCUGUAACUCUUGCUUUGGACUCUUAAUAAAGCGUAUGGUGGCAGCAUAAAAGCGGGAUACUGUAUGUUAGUGCGAAUUGUCUUUUUUUUUCUGUUGUCCCCACAUAGUCAAAGUAUUUUCCGUUGGUAGGACAGUGGUGACACGUCUGUGAAAUCCCCUGUAGGAAGUCGUCUGUGGUCGUUCUUAAGGCAUUUGUGUAUUUUCCUUUAACCUGCUUACUAAGGUGGCUUUGAUUUAACGGUGAAUGCUUCACAAUUGUGAAUGCACACCCUGUAGUUCUUCAGCCUAUUUUAAGUUAUUCGUUAUUUCUGAAUUAUUAGUAAGACCGUGCAGUUAGCUGCGUUUUGCAUACACACAAAUAUUUGUAAGAGAACGUAAGUGUGCCAUGUGAGUAAGGUUAAGAAUAUAUGUGGCAGAUAUACACUAAAUAGAGAUACUUGUUUGUGACCCACUUUCUUUGCUGAAAACACUUUGUUUUCUAGUCGAGUUUUUUUUUUUGGGCCUAUGUGCCAGAUAGAAACUGUCGAGGAAAAUUCCUAAUGAUAAAAUAGAUGUUGUAGGUAGGAGGUGGAUGAUUUUUAUUUGAUGGUAUUUUCAAGCUUAACCUGAGACAGCUUCCUAAGGCUAUGGUACAGUUCAAAGGCUACAUCACAAGCCUUUGGAUUCUUCAUGUCAAUCACAGCCGUUGCAAAUUAAUCUUUUUGCUAUCAAGUGUCAAAUUAAUUUGUGAAAACUGUGUAUCUUGUUGGCAGUGCCAGUCCAAAUCUUGGUGCCAAUGGUUCACCCUUGUUGCAUAAUAACACUCUUUAGAUGUUACAGAUAAUGGCUGAAUCUCUGCUUUCCUUGGUGAGAAAAAACUUUUCUACAGUCUCUGUUAUUUAAUUGAGUUCAUUGUUGAUUGGUGCUUGUUUAAGUUAAUGUGUGGGCCUGAUAGGAGGACAGAGCUGUAUUAAUAACAGGCCUGGCUGUCUUUACCACUAAGCUAUUCAACAAUAUUUGCUUUUCUCAGAUCAGGUAUUUUUCAUUUGAUGCAUGUCUGACAUGAAGGUCAUGUUGCUGUUCAAGCAAACCUAGAGAGAAUUUAAUUACAGAUACAACAGUCAGAGGAAAGCUGAAAGCACUGGAAUGAAAGCUGACUGCAAUUAAUGUAUUAGUGUAAUGUUCACUAUCACAAUAGAAAUUCAGCAGUCAAAGUCUAUAAUGUUUAUAUUAAGGUUUUAAGUAUUGCUUGUGAAAUCAUUAUUAAAAGAUGUUUGAUUCACAUAGGAAACCCGAUAGGAACUUUCUGAGUUUAUCCUAUGUACUGCUAAUUGAUAUGUACAUUAAAAUGAUGCCAAAGUGUUCAACUACUCUGCUGUACUUCAAAAUAUUGACUUUGAUACGGACAGGCACAUAAAAUUAGCCAGAAAUGGCUAUUCUGAAUUUCUAGCAAUACUGUGAGAUGUUGAAAUAGGUAGGGUGGUAGCAUUUGAGAGGGUCAGGUCUGAUGAAGCAGGUUACAUUGUUUUUUUCUUAAGUAGUGGAAAGAAAAAGACAUUCUGAAAGGGCAUUCUUUUUCCAGAUGUAAUGGCUGUGAGAAAUGAUAGGACUCCAGGCAUCUUCUAGGUGCAAUUCUGCCAUCUGUCACUUGAGCAGGGGAAAGGGUUUAAGGAGCCUUUAAUGAAACUUAGUGAUUGCAAAUCCUUAUCAGAGGUGUGGUGUGUAUUGAUUCGGGUACUUUGGGUGAGUGGCACUUUUGCAGUCCAUGCUGCUCUAGAGUAAGGAUGUCUUUCAGGAGUGCACCUUGGCACAAACAGUGGGCUGGGAGAUCUCCAUGCUGCAGAUGUUCUGCAACAGCUGUUUUGUGCCUGGUGAUCUUGACCAGUGCAGCUCAGCACUGCAGUGAUAGAAGAGGAACAGGUCUGGGUUCUGGGGGCAGAACACCAGUCUGAGAGAUGCUGCACCAUUUUAAGCCAAACUUAAUUUUAAUUUGGACUGCAAACUGCUUCUCUCUUCUCUGUAGACUGUGGUGUGGUAGCCCAGGCAUACCAAGUUGCCAGGUUUUUAGCUCCACUUGCUUCCCAUGGAGCCUAAUUCGCACACAGUGCCGCCUAAACUCCUGUUGAGUGCUCCUCUAUGCCCUUCUGGUAACAGUGUGAUCUUCAGAGUUUCAUAGAGUGUAUAAAAACCUAAAUCUCAGAUGGAUGUGAAAAAGUAGUAUAAUUGUCUUUUGAACAUAAGUAAAAUAGAAAUAAUAAUUUGAUGUUAUUUUAAAUUGCCAGUUAAUUGUGGCAUCUGGCUAAUGAUACUGUGCAAAUUCGUUGCAGUAUGGGGAAGUUCAGGAGGUGAUUAAUCCAGAGAAGUCUAAACCAAGCAGAAGCUCUUCCCUAUUUACUCAGUUGUAGACAAAACCCUCUCUUCACACAAUUGUGUAGGAGCUCUUAGAAGUCUGGAAACAUUAUCACAUUGCCAUAAGAAUUACUCCAACAGUCUCAAGCCUUUAUUUCAGAGCCAGUGAUGUUUUUAUUCUCAGAAAAAGUCCUCAUGCAAAGUGUUACACAGCUGUCAUGCUAGCAGAGCUUGAUGGAAAUGACACAGUGAAGAGAACCCUCUAACACUGCUCAGCAGAGUUGAUUUUAACACUGUGGAGUAGCAGCAGAGUGCUCUUUGAAAUAGCAAUCUCAUUUCAAUUUUAAAUGUAUGAUUGGAUCUUGCUUGUGAUAGUAUCACUGCACUGUAGUAGUGUUACUGAGUGAUCUGGAGACAGCAGCUGGAAAGGUUUUUUAGGAUGGGAGGCUGUGACUCUCAGACCCUUCUGGCUGUGUCCCAGUACUGUGCACGGGUAUAGGGGAAGUUUGGUGUGUUGUUACUCAGGGCUUUCUUACAGUACCCAUCCUUGGAAUGGGCUGAUGAGUGGAAAUCAGCUUUGGGCUGACUGCUCUUCAGAAAUUUUGUGAGUGCUAGUAUUCGUUGGUUAAAGUCACUUAACAUGCAUGAGUUUUGUUGGAAAUGCCUUUUCAUUUGCUGCUGUUAGUGCAUUAGUGACGUUUAAUGGGGUUUUUGUUAUUUUAGUUGAACAGCUGAAAUUUGCUGGGUUUUUUUCUUUUUUCCACUAGAUGGCCCAAGCAUGCUUCCAAGUACCCCGUGAAACUGAAACUUAAUUCUUUUCUCUUUUAACUGAAAUUAAAAUUCUUCAUUACAAGGCCAACCUGCAUGUCAUUAUAUACCAACCUGUAUGAUGCUUUGUGCUAGUUUAAAAUGCAAACACUUUAUAUCAAAUAAGAGAGUGUUGGUUGAUGUAAGGAAUAUGUGGUAAUGAAAGGUUUGUUUUUUUCUUGAUUAGGACAUUUUUUAUCAAGUGUAAUAUAAAGCUAUUUAGUUUUACAUUGAGAAGAGAACUGGUGUGCUUUCAUUGACUGUGCUCCACAGUAAUUCAGGAAGUUCAGGGAGGCUCUGAAAAGGUUGAUCUGAAGUUUGUCCCUAACAUCUCCUGGGAGUUUUGCAGGCCAUCUUAAUUGAUUUUUCUGGGAGGGUGGCUUGACUUUUGCUGCAUAGGGUUUUCAUAACAACUUUGCAGUUCAUUUGCAGUAUAUAGAUGUGGGCAGAGGGUUCUGAAUAGGCUGUUAAAUGGAUAGACUAAUUUAAUUCACCUAUUUCAGUUUUACAGACAUCAAGUACAAGCUUGGUAUCAUGAGUGUCUUUUUAGUUAGUGGAGGAAGAUGGGCAUACACUGAAGGCAGUGCUUCCAUGAGGCUGAAAACUGGAACGAGGCUGAAAAAGUGGUUGGAUGUUCAUCUGUAGAGAGACAUUCAAAACUCAAUAGGACUGAGCCCUGGGCCAGCUCUGACUGGGAUAUUGAACUAGAUGUCACUAGUAGAUUUGGGAAAGAAACUUUUAGAAGCUGCACGAGCAGGUCAAGAUGAUGAAGUUCGCAUUUUGAUGGCAAAUGGAGCACCUUUUACCACAGACUGGUUGGGAACAUCUCCACUUCAUCUAGCAGCACAGUAUGGACACUACUCCACCACGGAAGUGUUGCUGCGAGCAGGUGUGAGUCGGGAUGCCAGAACCAAAGUGGACAGAACUCCAUUACAUAUGGCAGCAUCAGAAGGCCAUGCCAGCAUAGUAGAAGUCUUACUUAAGCAUGGUGCUGAUGUCAAUGCGAAGGACAUGCUCAAAAUGACUGCACUUCACUGGGCUACUGAACAUCACCACCAAGAAGUUGUAGAACUCUUGAUAAAGUAUGGAGCAGAUGUUCAUGCUCAGAGUAAAUUUUGCAAAACGGCAUUAGAUAUUGCAGUGGACAAUGGAAAUGAAGACAUUGCAGAAAUAUUACAGAUUGCAAUGCAGAACCAAAUCAAUACGAAUCCUGAGAGCCCAGACACUGUGACGAUACACGCAGCCACGCCGCAGUUCAUCAUUGGACCUGGAGGGGUGGUGAACCUAACAGAUGAAACAGGAGUGUCUGCUGUACAGUUUGGAAAUUCAUCAACAUCAGUAUUAGCUACGUUGGCAGCUUUAGCAGAAGCAUCAGCUCCACUGUCUAAUUCUUCAGAAACACCAGUUGUGGCCACAGAGGAAGUUGUGACUGCAGAAUCCGUGGAUGGGGCCAUUCAGCAAGUGGUCAGUUCUGGAGGUCAGCAGGUCAUUACCAUAGUUACGGACGGCAUUCAGCUGGGCAACCUGCAUUCCAUUCCAACCAGUGGGAUAGGGCAGCCCAUCAUUGUGACCAUGCCAGAUGGGCAGCAAGUGUUAACAGUUCCAGCAACAGACAUUGCUGAAGAAACUGUAAUAAGUGAAGAACCACCAGUGAAGAGACAGUGCAUUGAGAUUGUUGAAAAUCGUGUGGAGUCUGCAGAAAUAGAAGAAAGAGAAACUCUUCAGAAACAGCUGGAUGAGGCAAACAGAGAAGCACAAAAAUACCGUCAGCAGCUUCUAAAGAAGGAACAAGAAGCAGAGGCCUAUCGGCAGAAGUUAGAGGCAAUGAACCGCCUCCAGACUAAUAAAGAAGCUGUUUAAUAAAAAAUGAACACACUGCAAAGCCUGUUACUUUCAAAAACCUGCAGUACAAUCUUGAACUGUACACUAUAUAGGUACAGCCAUGGGAUUUCAUGAUAGAGAAGAUGCUACAAGUUGAUAACUGGACUUAAGCCGUGAGCUCUGAUUAAUUUCUUGUAACAUAAAAACUCUGAAUUUAGAAAUUGUGAAAAGUAUUUAAAAUGAAAUACUGUAAAUAGUUGGUUUUUUUACAGUUUCAAAAUGAGUUGAUAAAUCUUUUUGAAGGGAUCCAGAAACAUGAAAAGCCAAUGUUUUUGUGAAAUUUUUGAUUUUAGUAUGAAUCUAACUUCUGAAAAACAGAACAGUUUUAAGGGUGAUGUUGAUUUAAGCUGACAAUUUGAAAUUUGAUUAUGUGACAAAAUGAAUUAACAGUUAUUUCUACAUGAUAACAACUCAACUUCCCUGAAUAAGACAUUUCCAGGUGGAAAUCUUUGUACAGCUUUAAGUAGUUGUCUCAGAUUCUCUGAAAACCAUUUUUGGUUUUUUUUUUAUUUUAGGUGGUGAAAUUUUUGUAUUUAAUUUCAGAUAUAUCCAAGUAGAUUUACAUGUAUAUGAAGCUAAUAUUUUUUAAACUUUUCAGUUUGUACAUAUGCUGCAUGUUUUUAUAAUUUCUACACAUACAUCUUGCAUAGGUAUUUUUCAGCAAAGAUGAGAAAAAUUAUGAGAAAAAUGUUUAGCCUAUAGGUCAUUUGAAGUAAGCUAGCAGCCAGUUUUAUUGUGGAUGGUAUAUUUCUUGGAAGAAUGUAAUUUGUAAUUAAGAAGAACAAAAAAGUAUCUUAAUUUACAUAUUAAGAGGCAAAAUUUGGUAGUGGAGGCAUUGAAACUUCACUUUGUGUGUCUUACAGUUUUCCUGUACAAACAUUUUAAAGUUCAGUAAUGACUAGAAGAGAAGGUCUCCACUGGAACACAAAUGGUAGCUAUUUUAGAAUAUCCCUAUUGCUCUCUGUUCCCCAAUAGCCUUGAAAUCACUUCAGUGAUGCAUUUUUUAACGGACUUUUGCAUUUUAAUUACGCAAUUGGACAAAUAAUUUUUUUUAUGUUGUAGUGAUGCUCUUCCUACCCAGCAUCAUCGUUCCUCACCGUGAUACUGUGUUUGUGUGUGUCUGUGCAGUGAUCUAUUAUGCUUAAAAUUUAUAUGGCACGUUACAUCUUCAGAGCAUUGUAAAAUCUGUUAAAGAACCCUUACUGCACUGCCUGUGGCAGGUAAGUGAGUGUUACUGUCUCAGUUUUAGAACUGGUUUAAGUGCAACACGAGGGAGUGUGAAAUGACUGGCUUAACACCGUGUGAACCUGUGGUCACCUGAGAAUGGAUCUCAGGAGUUCCUGGCUUCUAGUCCUGUGCUUAGACUGAGCUGCCUUAAGAUUGUUCAGUGCUGUGUUACAUUAAAUUUUGAACUACUGUGCAGAUCCGUUUUUUUUGUAAGAUAAAAAACUCUUUGUGCUUUGCUUUGUUGUUCCAUGUUCACUGCUUUUAUGGAAUUGUUUAUAUAAAGUUAAGCAAAAGGUCUGGUUUAUCUAUACUGUACACGGAAGAAUUACCCUUAAAACUGUACUCUGGCCUACUUUUUCUAUUUUACAAUUAAAUAUCUUUUCCACAUA